CGGCUAUGGAGAAAACAAAGAAUAAAACUCCACCACCACGUCCAGAUGAUGAUGAGCUGAGAAGUAUUAUGUUGGAGAGACUUUCAAUUGCCGCUGCCAGAGGCGGGUUGGAGAUGGAGGAGAAGCUGAAGUCCAGAUUUGUUGGCCUUGAUAUUCCAUCAUGCAGCUUUGUGUUCCCUAAAGGUCGUGAUCACCAUAUUUACAAGCAAAAAAUUGCUGAGUACACCAAGUCUCCUCCUCUUCAUUCUCCUCCUCCUCUCCCACCGGGCCUAGUUGAUCAAUGCUGUUUAAAGUAUAACCCUCUGGAGCAAGUUGCUAUUAUCGACGAACUGUCUGCGUUUACAGUUAGAGUCCCUGAAGGAGGCAUGACGCGCAAGGAACUUGGUAUCAUUAAGUUCACAGCCCAAUUUGUGUUGCGGUAUGGGCAAUAUUUUCGGUUGGCUCUACGGGAUAGAGUGUCUACUGAUACUGAGUUCAAGUUUCUGGAUAAGGGAGAUUCAAGGGCUCACUUUUUCUCUCUUCUUUUUCUUGGGUAUAGUCAUCUAUUAAGGGCUUGGGAAUAUCCUCUGGUUGGUAUGGAUGUUCUUGUUGACGGUUUUCUCAGUGCUUUGAAUUCUUUCAAGGAAAAGCUAGAGGGUGAUGAGGAGCUAGUGGACAAGAUUAAGACUGAUAGGCAUGAUUUUGUUGUUUGUGAUGAAUAUUUUGCUGACCUCGAGAACAAAGCCCUUGAACUCAAACUCAAAACAAUGGCUAGGAUGCAUCAUCCUCUGAAUAAACACGAUUCUCAGGGUACACUCAGGGUGCCACCUGUCCUUGUCUUGUUUAGAGUUGGAAUCCCUCAAGGAGGCAUGAUGCGCAAGGAGCUUGGUUUAAUGAAGUUCACAGCCAUGUUUGUGGUGCGUUAUGGGAAUGAUUUUUGGGAUGCUCUGUGGGAUAGAGUGUCUAGUACUGAAACAGAGUUUCAGUUUCUGAAGAGGAAUCCUGGAAAUGAUAGAGGAAUGCUUCUUUUCUCUCAGCUUCUUCUUGCUUUUGGUAAUGUAGUACAACCUUGGGGACUGUGCCCGAGAGAGAGUAACCCGCCCGCUCGUAUGGAAGCUGUUCUCGAGGGGUUUUUCACUGCUUUUAGUGCUUUCAAGAAAAAGCAAGAGGAUGAGGAGGACGAGGUAGUGAACAAGCUUGUGACUGAUAGGCGUGAUUUUGUGGUUAGUGAGACUUUUCAGUAUUUUCUUGACAUAGAGGAGUCUACUCCUCUACCUGAAAGGCUUCCGCUGCGUCAAACAGGAUCUAUGUUUGCUCGUCGACAUCCAAUGGUGCAACAACCACCUCUUCUAUGAGGUGAUUUUGUCAAUUUUGGAUAGUAUAAUUUAUGAUCUAAAUUUUGUAUGUACUAUUGACCAAAUAAAUUUUAGUAACCUAACUUCAUACACCUUUUAGUUUGUAUGACCAUGUGAUUUCAAUAGUUUUUAUAUUGAGUUUGGAUG